AUGGGGGCCCUCUGGGCCCCUGAGAGGAGGCUCCUGGUGUUCAGCUGGCAGUGUUCAGCUCUCCAACCGAGUCUGUGGGGCCCCUGGGGCAGCAGGAUGCCACCGGCACAGGGACCGGGGCGGUAUGGCCACUGGUACGACCCCUGGUACGACCCCUGGUACGACCCCUGGUACGGCCACUGGUACGGCCACUGGUACGGCCACUGGUACGGCCACUGGUACGAGCCCUGGUACGGCCACUGGUACGGCCACUGGUACGACCCCUGGUACGGCCACUGGUACGGCCACUGGUACGGCCACUGGUACGCAGGUCUUCAGCCGGGUCACUACGCCCCCACGGUGCGGCGGCCGGACCGCGCCCACCAGGCGUGCGGGGACCUGAAGGCCUGCCUCCUGGAGCGGGCGGCGGUGGAGCGCAGCUACGCCGCGGGGCUCAGCCAGUGGAGCAGCAGGUGGAGCAAGAUGGUGGAGACCAGGCCGCUGUAUGGCUCCCUGCUGCGGGCGUGGCGGGCCUUCUUCUCGUCGGCGGAGCGUCUGGCGGCGCAGCACCUGGCGGUGUCGCGGGCGCUGGCCGAGGAGGAGGCGGGCCGGCUGGACGCCUGGAGGAGCUCCGCCUUCCCCAGGAAGCUGCUCUGCGGCUUCACCGAGACGCGCAGCAACGCCGGCAGCUUCGCACGCGCUCAGAAGCCCUGGGCCAGCCGACUGCAGAAGGUGGAGAAGGCCAGGGGGGCGUUCCACAAGGCGUGUCAGAAGGAGAGCUCAGCGCUGGAGAAGGAGAAGCAGGCCAGCGAGGGCUCAGUGACCACUGAGGAGAAACGCCAGAAGGUAACGGCGGCCCGAGAGAAGGCCAGCGAGGAGAAGGAGAAGGCGCGCGAGCGCUAUGAGAAACUUCUGGAAGAUGUCACUUCCUACACGCCCCGCUACAUGGAAGAGAUGGAGGCCAUUUUCGACCAAUCACAGGAGGAGGAGGGGAAGAGGAUCGCCUUCCUCAAAGAAUCCUUUCUCUCCAUCCACAAGCAUCUGGACAUCACCAACAACGAGAAUGUGAAGGCGGUGUACAGUGAGCUGCACCACACCCUCAUGUCCAUCAAUGAGCAGGACGACCUCCGGUGGUGGAGGAACAACCAGGGACCGGGCAUGCCCACCGACUGGCCCCGCCUCCAGGAAUGGAUCCCGCCCGUCAAGAAACUCAAGAGACGGAAACAGGACCGCAAGAUCAAGGACAACCGGCCCGUGAUGAUCGGGGGGGUGAAGGUGCGCGCGCUGUACGACUACGUGGGCGAGGAGGGCGACGAGCUGUCCUUCAAAGCAGGGGAGAGCUUCCUGAAGGUGGAGGAGGAGGACGAGCAGGGCUGGUGCCGCGGCGUGCUGACGGGAGGCAGGGAGGGCUUCUACCCGGCCAAUUACGUGGAGAUCGCAGACUGAUGUCACUCAGGACGGGCCUGGUGAUUGGUUGAUCCCCUCAGGCCCUUUGUGUUUACAGUCACACCUGACGUCAUUACCGUAAUAAUUUGGAUGGAUUGUAUUCUGCCAUUUGGUUUUGCUGUACAAACUAAUUGAUGAAUGAAUAAGCUACACACUUUGGUGGGGCAGUUGGUGUGUGUGUGUGUGUGUGUGUGUGUGUGUGUGUGUGUGUGUGUGUGUGUGUGUGUGUGUGUGUGUGUGUGUGUGUGUGUGUGUGUGUGUG